AUUGGCGGUUGCAGGUUACUGACUACUCGUAUACUCGACGUGUGUUGAUGUUAUUAGUAUUUACUUAUUUAUAUUAGUACCUACUUAGUAAUUAUUGUGUCCUUCGUAAAACCGUUGUUUCUAGAGUUCAAAAGUUGAUGAUUUUUGAAAGAUUAACAACCUUUUCAAGACCACGAUUUGUUAAGUUAAUCAUACGCACAAUGUCAUCUUCAGCAUUAGAAAAAAUUCCAGACGUAGAUAUUGAUGACAAAGGCCGUUAUAAAUACAUUUUGAUCAAGGUUACAGAUCAAAAUGACUCAUCCAACCAAUCGAAAUAUGUUGUACGGGGUGGUCAAAGAUUUGACUUUCAUGGUCAUAAAACUUGAUAAGUCUCAACAACC